GCAAGAUUUGGAAGAUAAAUUAAGAAGAAGAAAAAAUGCGACCAUUUCAAGCGGCCUUCUCGCAGAGGCUAUACAGAAACAGACACGAAGUAUUGUUGGUUGUGAGAGAAAGCCAUCUCAGUAACACUCCGAUGGAGAAGGCGAUGCGCUUUACCAGCAUUUUCACAUCGUCAUCGGCGUUGCCUGUUGCUUUGCUCAUUCUUAUGCUUUUGCUCGUCCUAAUCCUCAUCUUCAUAGCCUGCAAGUUCCGACCAUGGACCCGCUUCCUCUCCGCCUCCACCGCCGCCGCUCGCCGCCGCGCCCCGGCCUCGAUCAGGGUUGAUGACAUUGAACGCCCUCUUGUUUUGGGAGAUCUUAGUUCUGUUGAAAGUGACGAGUCUACAUUAUGCCAUCCCAUUGAGCAGGCUGGUCGUCAAACUCAGGGUAGUUAUACUUCAUCACAUGCUAUUUUGGCAACACCAAAACAAAGGCUCCCAUCAGCAUCCUCCCAGCUGACCCACGAUGAUAUUAUUGUUCUUGACAUUCCAAAUACUUCAGAGAAUCCUUUGGUGGGCCAGACGCUUCAGCAUCCUCAUGCAACAAGUCUUUUCCCUGAAGAUCGGAGAAAUGAAAAAAGAGGAGAUAAUUUUAGCCAGAAAUACAGUACAAAUUUCAGAGAGCCUAUUCCCAAUUACACUGCAAACCAGGGAAGUAUUCUCAAGCUGGAGGUAGUAUCUGGCCCUGCUCGUGGGCUUCAGUAUUCUGUAAAGUCGACCAACACAACAGAGCUUCCAGUGACUAUUGGAAGAGUGUCACCUGGUGAUUUAAUACUUAAGGAUUCGGAGGUCUCUGGAAAGCACGCAAUGAUAAAUUGGAAUGCUAAUAAAUUAAAGUGGGAGCUCGUCGACAUGGGUAGCUUGAACGGCACAAUGUUGAACUCCCAGGCAGUCCUUCCAGCCCAAUCAGGAAAUAGGCAUUGGAGUAACCCAGUUGAGCUCUCAAGUGGUGACACAGUAACAUUUGGCACAAGUUCAAAAAUUUCGGUUAAUAUUACAUCACAAACAGAAUGCAAGAUCCCUUUCAGGAUUGGUAUAGCAUCGGAUCCUAUGGCUUUGCGUCGAGGAGGGAAAAAGUUGGCCAUGGAAGAUGUCUGCUAUUGCCAGUGGCCUCUUCAUGGACUAGAUCAGUUUGGGAUGUUCGGUAUAUGUGAUGGGCAUGGAGGAGCAGAUGCGGCCACAUCUGUUAGCAAAAUAAUGCCUGAAGUAAUUACUGGAAUCUUGUCAGAUUCUUUCAGACGAGAGAAAGUUCUGUCUCAGUGCGACGCUUCUGAGGUCCUCAGAGAAGCAUUUUACCAGACAGAGGCGUGCAUUAACCAUUACUAUGAGGGCUGUACUGCGACACUGCUACUGGUGUGGGCUGAUGGUCAUCAAAAUUUCUAUGCACAAUGUGCAAAUGUUGGAGACUCGGCUUGUGUUGCAAAUAUUGGGGGAAAGCAGAUAAAGAUGACCGAAGACCACAGGGUAACUAGUCACUCCGAAAGGCUCCGUAUUCAGGCAAUAGGAACGCCUCUCAGAGAUGGGGAAAGUCGGAUAUGUGGUAUUAACCUGGCCAGAAUGCUCGGAGAUAAAUUUUUGAAGGAGCAGGAUGCUCGCUUCAGCGCAGAACCUUAUAUUAGUGAAGUUGUAUGCAUAGACCAAUCGAGUGAGGGCUUUGCCCUUCUAGCCAGUGAUGGUUUCUGGGAUGUAAUUAAUAUGAAGAAGGCAUUUCAGCUCGUGCAUCAGGAAGUGGAGAGGAAUGCGAUGGAGAUAGAGAGCUCAGCGGAGAAGAUAGCUAAGUAUUUGUUGAGUGAGGCGAGAACACUGCGUACAAAAGAUAACACAUCGAUAAUUUUCUUAGAUUUUACCAACAGCAGCAGCCAUGGCGGAUCAUGUAAAGCUGACAGCUAGAGAUGAAAGAAAAUUGUUAGUUAGGCUUCAACUUAUACAAACAUUCUAUUAUUUUUGUUUCCAUCAUUUGAAGGUCAAGUGCAAGUGGGAUUUGGUGUCCCCUUUGCUGGUGUUAUGCUGAAUCUUGAUGAUAAUGUAUAGAAAUUGUUGCCAUGAGCUGAUUAAUAUUAGAAUAUAUUUGUAGUUGAAAAA